CCGCUGAGGAAGAGUCUGGCUCUGCUUCCUCCUCUGCCUGACUUGGCUGUGAGGGAGUUCCGGGCUACUAGUGGGCUGCUGAGGGUGGCAACCAGGAGACUGGACGUGGUCACCGGAGCCAUUGUAAAGCCUCAUGUCUUGGGGUCAGGCGACACUAUAUAAUGUGAAAGCCCUCAUAAGCGCAUAGGUCUGACUGAGGGGACAACUCUCUUCCCUGAAGGCUUUCUACACAAGUGACAUUACUGUGAGGAGACAUGGAAAAGCAGCAGCGUAGUAAUGGUGGCCCCCAAGGCAAGGGUCUGCGGGACCUGGAGAUCAUCCCUCUGCACCUGGACCAGAAGGGUUGUCAGGAGCCUGAAGACUCCCCUCCAGCAUCUCCAUUGCCACCACCCAUAUUCCUUUAUCCAGGAGCCAGGAAGCAAAAGCAGCAAGUGAGGUCUUCUCCUGGAAACAGUCAAGGAGCAGGGGUCAGGGAGGAGUACGCUGGCACUUCUCCAUCAUCCUCAUCCCAGCAGGGGUACCCUGAGCCAAUGUCACCUGGUUCUGGGGGGCUUUCUCCAACGUCUUCUCUUCAGCUCAUGAUGCUGAUGAUGAACUACAGGGGAGCUAGCAGUGGAAGCAAUGGCGGUGGGGACAAAGUCCAAAAAAAUCCCAAUUAUCUCAUGGCCAACGAACGGAUGAAUCUGAUGAAUAUGGCAAAGUUGAGUAUAAAGGGCUUGAUCGAGUCUGCUCUGAAUCUGGGUCGGACCCUGGACUCUGACUACGCACCUUUGCAGCAGUUCUUUGUGGUGAUGGAGCACUGCCUAAAACAUGGAUUAAAAGGUAAAAAGACGUUUCUGGGACAGAACAAAUCAUUCUGGGGACCCUUGGAACUGGUGGAAAAACUUGUACCAGAGGCAGCUGAGAUCACCGCCAGUGUAAAAGACCUACCUGGCCUCAGGACACCCGUGGGCAGAGGCCGGGCUUGGCUGCGCUUGGCUUUAAUGCAGAAAAAGCUCUCUGAGUAUAUGAAAGCCCUAAUUAAUGGGAAGGAUCUCCUGAGUGAAUUCUAUGAGCCCAAUGCCCUAAUGAUGGAAGAGGAAGGGGCGAUCAUUUCUGGCCUUUUAGUUGGACUUAAUGUGAUAGAUGCAAAUUUUUGUAUGAAAGGGGAAGACCUUGAUUCACAGGUUGGAGUCAUUGAUUUUUCCAUGUACUUAAAAGAAGGUCCUAUUGCCAAAUCCAGUGACGAAGAUGUCCAGAUAACGGCUAUUCUAGAUCAGAAGAAUUAUGUAGAAGAGCUUAACAGACAGUUAAGUGCCACCGUCAACAACCUGCAGACAAAGGUGGAUGCAUUAGAAAAAUCCAACACCAAACUAACGGAAGAGCUUGCCGUGGCAAACAAUAGAAUCAUCACCAUGCAGGAGGAAAUGGAGAGGAUGAAAGAAGACAGUACAUACUUCUCCAAGGGUAACAAACAAGAGAGAACUGCAGAUGGACAAACUUUUACUGAAGUCAAGAAACAUUUGAAGGAAGAAACCCAGUUGAGACUGGACAUAGAGAAAGAACUGGAGGUCCAAAUAGGAAUGAGACAAGAGAUGGAAAUGGCUAUGAAGAUGCUGGAUAAAGACGUCUGUGACAAGCAAGAUGCUUUAGCAGCGCUCAGACAACAACUUGAUGAUCUCAGGGCUUUAAAGCACGAACUGUCCUUUAAACUUCAGAGCUCAGACUUGGCUUUGAAACAGAAGACGGAGUUAAACAGUCGCUUGGAAGAGAAAACCAAUCAGAUGGCCGCCACCGUCAAACAACUGGAGCAGAGAUCUCCCAUGAACUUCACAUUAGAGAAUGAUGCUCCAGAAGUGCUACUCUCAUCAAAUGUGUCACAACACCAAAUACCUAAGCAGAAAAGUUGUGUUGGAUGUUUCUAUAUUUCUACAAGGGUAGUAUAUAGUAGAUUGGCUCCAUCUCCUUCAUGUCCCAGUAAAAAUUGUCCUUUUAUUAGAAUGUGGUCAAACCAGGGGCAGACUGGGAAGUUAUGGCCCUGGAAAAGAACCUAAAAGUGGCCCCAAAGUUGUAGGUGGGGCAGCACAAGUAGAUAGGGCCAAUGCAAGUUGUCAGGGUCAGUAAUUCCACAGUGCUGCACAAAAUACCUCCCCCGAAGCUGUCCCUCUGUGGUGGCCAUUAAUAGCUGCCAUGUUCUGUCCUCUUCCUCCAAUUGUCUAUAAUUAAGAUAUGGAGAAGGGGGCUUAGGAGAUGAGAUGUGGGCCACAACACCAAGCCAGCCCUACCUUCAGCAUGCUGCCCGGACUUCUUCUAAUAAUGACCCCUAUAGUUUCCCCAGUAGUAUGUACCUGACCAUUGGCAGUGAGGAGGGCUCGGUGGCCCUAUGAGCAAAGGCCAUUCCGCCCCUGGGUCAAACAAGCGUUGGUAUUCUGAGAGUCUGGCUCCAACAUUCUUUGCUGGUAAAUUUCAUUUUAUUAAUGGGAGUUUCACCGGGGCGUCAUUUUGAGGGUCUUUCAUACAGCAGCCAGACGAUCCAGAUGGAGCUCAACUCUUUUAUUUAUAAUCCACUAGACAGCGGGUGCACAGGUGCGGGAUCUCAGUGCUAGACCAGAAGUCUAGUGCUGUCAAUCUAAAGGGAGGGGGGUGUGAUUUGAAGGAGAGGGUUGUCAGUAUGGAGCACCAGAGGCGUUGCUGGAGUGGUGCUCGAACCGCAUAAGCCCGCCUCCUGGUGCUCUAGUAGCUCAUUAGCAUAUCUAUACACGUUCAGAUUUCUCCACAACACUACUACCUACAGAUAAUAGGUUUCAUUUUAAUCAGCGUUGGCUACCCUACCAGGCUAUAUGCCUGCUAGUAUAUGCCAGGUGACAGAGCCGCUUUAAAGGGUUAUGCUGGAAUACACUCCCGCACGAUCUGGCAUUGAGAGACGCAACUGUACGCUGGGCAGGACAGAUAUGGAAGCAACUCAGCGAGUAUUGUGCACAGGCCCACAAACUAAAAUAAAUGUUUACAUUAUCGAAGCUAAGAAACCUGUAGAAAACGAUGUCUUAAUGAUUAUGAACUUACUAAUAAUAGUCAGUUGGGCAGUAUCAUUUAAAAUAAACUGGAAAAUAGCUCUGAAUACCUGCAUCAAUACAUAAUACUUUCUAUAGAAAAUGGAGAGCUUGUCAGCUUUGUGUAAUUUUCUUACUAUUGAUGCUUAUAAUCUAUAAUAAAAGUGUUCGGUUUCCAUUCUCCUUAGAUUUUGAUAAGGGCUAAAGCAUUAUGUAAGUGUAAAGGUGUUCAGUACUAGCAGAUACAUAAUGCUGUGUCAGCCCCUACUGUUACUGUGGACAGAUCUUGUAGCUGAAAUAGCGAUUCUUACACAGACCUGACAUGUUCUCUUUAUUGUAUUUGCAUUUCUGGAUAAAUCUCUUAAUUGAUCUUUUCCUUUUGAUGUUCUCUGUUUUAUUAAUCUUCCGCCCUCAACUCUCAUUUAACUUUUCUGUUUUCCUUCCAUAAU